GAUAAUACGAUGUCUAAAGAAUUAAAUACUGGGAAGGGAAAAAAUCGAUACAAGUAUCAAUCUUUCAAUGCACUUGUAGAAAAUUUGAAAAUCGACAUCACACCCUCUGCGGCGAAGGAACAAGAGCCUGAGGGGUUCGGAUCGUUCUUUUACGAGUCUCUGGAAUCAUGGAAAGAACUUAAUUUGUCAGCACACUUUAGAAUUUUUGUACGUGAAGUCUCGGUAUACUGUCAGUCAUUACCCCAAAUAAUAUAUCAUAAAGAAAAGAUAAUUCAAAUUUUGGAAAAACACCUUCAAGUCGAAGAUAGUCUUGCUCUGGAACCACUACUAGAUCUUGUUACGAAACUGUCGAGAGAUCUAGAAAUAGAUUUUUAUCCAUUUUUUGAGCGAAUUGUUGGAGUAAUAAUACCUCUUACAAGACUUCGAGAUGUCAAGAUCCUGGAG